AUGAACGACAUUUUGGGCGACUUGUCCCUGGCGUCGAAGCCUGUGGAUGAAGUUAGACCUGUGGAGGUUGUUGAGGAGUUGGCGGAUGAGGAAGAUAUCGACGACGACGGCUACUGGAUGUCGCCAAAGUUGAGUUCUUUGGCAAGAUUAUCCAAGAAGGAGUUGUCUGAAGUCAAUGGCUUCACUGUGGGGCGCAAGAACUAUGGGAAAAUCGAGUUCUCGGCCCCAGUGGACUUGACCACCAUUUCCUUGGAAGACAUUACCAACAACUUAGUGGUGUUCACGCCAAAGUCAUGCAUCAUCUACCCGGAGGCUGCGGUCAAGCCGGAGGUUGGUGAGGGCCUUAACUUACCGGCCAGAAUUACCCUUGAGGGGUGUUUCCCGUAUUCCAGAGACACCAAGUUGCCGGUCACUGACUCCAAGCACCCGGUAGUGAAGCGUCACAUUGCCAAAUUGCACAAGAUUCCUGAGACGACCUUUGAGGCAUACGACCCAGUUUCCGGUACGUGGGCCUUCAAGGUAGAGCAUAUGUAG